CGAGUCCCGGCGCAGAGGUGAGGGGGGGGCGCGAGCCACAAAGUUCGGUGCUCGCCUCGCCGGGCUUCACCGCGGCCGCCGCGCCCCGCGCCCCCGCCGCGCCCCGAUGCCGGCCAUGAUCGAGAAGGGCGCUGAGGGCUCGGGCAAGCGGCGCGGCAGGAGCACCCCGGCCGGGGCCGCGGGCGGCGGGGGCGGCGGCGGCAAAAGUUUGGCGGCGGCGGCGGCGCCCAAUGGCAACGGCAGCGGCAGCAACUCGUGGGAGGAGGGCAGCGCCAGCGGCAGCGGCAGCUCCGGCUCGUCCAGCGACGAGGAGCACGCGGGCGGAGGCAUGCGGGUCGGGCCGCAGUACCAAGCCGCCGUGCCGGACUUCGACCCCGCCAAACUUGCAAGACGUUGUCAAGAGAGGGAGAAUCUUGGCAUGCUGGUCUGGUCACCUAAUCAGAACUUGUCUGAGGCAAAAUUGGAUGAAUACAUUGCCAUUGCUAAAGAGAAGCACGGAUACAACAUGGAACAGGCCCUUGGAAUGCUUUUUUGGCAUAAGCACAACAUCGAGAAAUCCUUGGCUGACCUGCCCAACUUCACUCCAUUCCCUGAUGAGUGGACAGUGGAAGAUAAGGUCUUGUUUGAACAGGCUUUUAGUUUCCAUGGGAAAACUUUUCACAGAAUUCAACAGAUGCUUCCUGACAAAUCAAUAGCCAGCUUGGUGAAAUUUUACUACUCCUGGAAAAAGACAAGGACUAAAACCAGUGUAAUGGACCGCCAUGCUCGUAAACAAAAAAGGGAACGUGAAGAAAGUGAGGAUGAAAUGGAGGAAACGAAUGGAAAUAACCCUAUUGAUAUUGAAGUUGAACAAAACAAGGAGAGCAAAAAGGAGGUGCCACCAGCUGAGACCCUCCCUCAGGUGAAGAAGGAGAAGCACAGUACACAGGCUAAAAACAGAGCCAAGAGGAAACCUCCGAAAGGAAUGUUUCUUUCUCAAGAGGACGUGGAGGCAGUCUCUGCCAAUGCAACUGCGGCUACUACUGUACUUAGACAACUGGAUAUGGAAUUAGUCUCUAUAAAGCGACAGAUUCAGAAUAUCAAGCAGACAAAUAGUGCCCUCAAAGAGAAACUUGAAGGCGGAAUAGACCAAUACAGGCUUCCAGAGGUCGUUCAGAAAUUUAAUGCACGUUGGACCACCGACGAGCAGCUUCUUGCUGUGCAAGCAAUUAGAAAAUAUGGCCGAGACUUUCAGGCAAUCUCUGAUGUGAUUGGAAACAAAUCUGUGGUGCAAGUGAAAAACUUUUUUGUAAAUUACCGGCGUCGUUUCAACAUAGAUGAAGUUCUACAGGAGUGGGAAGCAGAGCAUGGCAAAGACGAGACAAAUGGAACCAAUAACCAGAAGCCUGUAAAAUCCCCUGACAACUCCACUAAAAUGUCAGAAGAGGAAGAUGAGGCUACUUCGGUGCUUGAUGUCAGAUAUGCAUCUGCUUCAUGAGAAGCUGUGGUGGCCUAGAACAAUUUGUGUUGACUACUGUGUUAUCCAGGAUAUCAGGUAUUAGCAAACCUCAGACAGCCAUCUGCAUCAUAUCUGUGGACAAGCAGCUAUUACCAAAAAAAGAAAAAAGAAAAAAAAAGGCAAACGCUUCCAGUCCUGUGCUACAUUUGCCUUAAUUUUUCCUGCAUUUUUCCAUACUGCCUCCACUUUCUUUCAAAGCUCCCAGGUAGCCCUUCCAUUUCAUCGACGUCCUGCUUAUGCACGGGGACUCCUAGAAUCAGUACCACCUGUCUGUAAAUUUUGACCAGCCCACAGAGCAAGAAGCUCCUCUCUUAGUACCCCACAGUAGCUCUACGCUGCAGGAGUUCUUUAUAAUACUUGGUCUUCUCCAUAGGGUAUAAGUACAUAUUGCUGCAUGGCCUUGUGAUCUCCGCUUUCUGUGUAAUGUAAUCAUUAUUCUUAUGAUGACACUAUUAUUAGUGAGCCUUCUAUAGAGAAGAGUCAUGUGCACCUGCCAGUGGCAUCCUAUUCACCCUGAAAUUACAGGGCAUGUUAGCAAGUGAUUUGAGCAGUGCAAAGUGGUCGGGGAAGGUUAUUUCAGAGGUUGGGCCUGUCUGAGGUUGGAAAUAGUAACUCAUGCUGCUGGUUUGUACAGUACUUUCUGCUGUGUAAGUGUGCUCUUCCUUCAUAGAAGGCUCACUAAGGGGUUAAGCAUUUAUUCCUGUAUAUUUUAAUGGCUUUUAUUUAGUGUAAAAGGGAAUACAUAACCUGAAACAGUUUGAUACAAUGUAUAACCCAUGGCAUUCAGCAUUUGCAUUGUAAAUUUACAAGACUGCUAUACAACUUUUAUUUUUCCUGAUUUUUUUUCCAUGGGAUUAAGUCAAAACAACUUUCUCUGGUGCUGCUCCUCUCAGGAAUAUGUGCCUUUUUACAUCUGGCUACCAUAAGAUCACUUUCUGUUCCAAUGUCUUGUUCUUCUUUGAGGCACUGUACUAGGCAAAGACACCAAGUCACUUGUCUUGGCAGGAGGGUGUACGGGGAUUGGAGUACAAUAUGGAGUCCUGAGCUCUAGAUUUCAGUUGUGGAGUGCUGCAAUGAAGGGGAGAAGCAGGACCAUCUUACUAGCUUCUGUUCUCCUUUCUUUCAGUCUUGCCUCCUUUCCAACUAAAGUGACAAUGCGGUUAAUCCAAAACAAGAAAAACCAGUGCAGAAAAUACAGUUGACUUUUCUGUACCUUUGCAAUGACUCUCAUUGGAAGCUAAUUUCAGUCCUUCUAAAGCACACCUCACUUUCACUUUCUGAACCAAAAUAUGCAAAUCUUCAGGGCACACAGAUUCAGAAUCUGCCAGUAAUCUGCUCCUAAGAGCCAUGCUUGUGGGCCUGCUGGGGAGCCUGCACAUGGGUUGAAUGGGAGCUGUUCUCUGAAGCUCUGUCUCAGGGAAUAAACCAGUACUGGGGAGAAGAGAAAGAAACAGCCUCAUGCCCUGAGCAAAGUGUUUUACUGCUCAGCCCCUUGCACGGGGGCAACAAAAGAAGAUGUAGCAAUACCUUUUUGCCCAGGGCAAGGUGGGACAAUAACACUAGUCACAAAGCAUUGUAGAAUGGUUAGUUUAAUACUGAUGGGAGAAGUGGAAGGAGAUGGCAUGUAACCUCUUCCUUCACAGCUUCAAAAGCGGACAUGAGUCUUCUGUUAGCUAUGAUUUGCAUUGAGCCAGGACAUAGUGGUGCGCUAGGCCAGAAUCUUUGAGGCUGCUUUCCUGGUUUAUCUUAAAAAUAAAUAAAUAAAUAAAAUCCCAGCUUUUUGGUUUUUUAAGUAGUUGUCCCCCAAGAUUUCAUGGUUGGGACUCACUCACCCAGUAUAUGUGUCAUCAGUUCCUUUUUAAUAGCAGCACCUGGUAGGGCUGUGCUUGUGCCUUCUUGCUGCCCAUCUUAGGCUUGACUCAUACCACUCUUCCUGUGUACAAAAAUGGCUUUUCUCAGUACAGACACUCAGGACAUAUAGCUGAACCUUCAUCACUGGGCUUUAAGCUGUGCUUGUCCUGUUGCACAGCUCUGAUGGGCAUGCCCACUGCCUCCUGGGCCUCAGCUUUUUCACAGGCGUGUUCAGCUGCUUCUUGAGUUGUCCCACAACCUGUGCUUCAGGGAAAUCCUUGUUUUGAUGGGUGUUGAUUCUGACUAGAUCACCUGCUCAUCCUCCUCCCUCCAGCUUAGCAAGAUGUCAUGGGUGACUAUAGAGAAGCUGGAUCAAUGAACUGGAGAAGUUUGAUCUGUCUUGGUCCAGAGGGUGUCACGGUCUAUUCCUCCCUCUUAUGUGAGACUUUGUCUGAACAAGAAAGUGGCACCAGUUCACAAGAUUGAUUUUUAAGGUGAUCCAGGAUAUGGGCACAUGACCAAGUUUCCACAGGGUAGGUUUGUGGACUUGCCAUGUGGGUUUGUUCCUGUCCCAGGAACUGAGGAGCAAACUACCUUGUAUUCACUAGGGGAUGUGGGGGAGCAUGUACAUGGGCUGCUAAUGCAGACCAGCUAGUGCACUUUUAAGCUCACAUCCUUGCCAACCUGCUGAGAACCUGCUCACGUGCCCAUACCCAUAGUCAAACUGGUGCAAAGAGCUGCAUGGGCACUAUAUUUGCCUUGAGAGAGAAGUAUUUUGUUUUUGCUUCUGUCAGUCAGGAGCAAGCUUGAAGUAAACCACCACAACAGCAGCUCCACAGCCUUUUAGUACUGACUUAAUUUGAUCUUAGAAACCCGUUUAAUUUAAACCAAGGCACAUUUCUCAUGUAAUAAAGGCCUAAGGACAUAUCUGGACUACAGGGCAAAGGGGUGACUGCAGCUCAUGGAAAACACCCAGGGGCUAGCUAAUUUGCCUCGUCUCCAUACCAAUAAGUGUUGGCAGGGCAGUACAGAGCUUGGCCCAGGCUACAGAUCUGCUCCGGGAUCCUGUAUAAAUGCACCAGCAACUUGUCCAUGCUGUGCAUUGUGCUGACAGCAGCACCUGUGUGUGGCAGUACCCAGGCAGCUAAUUUCAAGCUGGCCAGAGGGUGUCUGCAUGAGCUGCAGUCGUAACUCUGGAAAUGGGAGAGAAGCUUGCAACACUUGCUGUCACCAGCAUUUUGUGUCAGUGCCUCCCAUGGAGGCUGCUUGGAAGAACAAGACUGCUUAUGCUCUUGGCAGAGGGAGGGAGGCAGAGCUGAAGAAGCAUGUGAGCCUAGUCAAGCAGUGUGAAGGUGAGCCCAGAAAGCAUGCAUGUUGGAGUAUCUCUGCAGUCUUCUCUGAGGAAUGCUACAAGAGGCAGCUCUUGAAGGCUGAGGUCAGUAGGGAAGAGUAUCUCCCCUUCCUUGCUUUGCUCCCCUUCCUCUGAAUCCAUUGAGCAACAUCAUCUUUGUGGCAGCACAACCUCUGGGGCCUAUGCAAACCCUCUAUGCUUUUGGAGGAGCUGCAGGCUUUGCUCUGAAUGCAUAGGCUGCAAGUGGGGGGAGGUCCCUGUCCUGCCCAGGUUGGGGAAAAAAAGCUCAAUCAGAUCUGCCACUGCAUAAAUGCAGCUAGCAGCCUUGCCGUGAGGGGGUGUGGAGAGUCUAGAUUAGGCCUGACCAACACAGAUGUAUCAGCAGGGCCUUUACAGGCAUUGCCUCAGUGGAGAUGUGGCUUGUUUCAGUAGAAACAUCCUCUCUGCAGAGGUGGCUUAAAUCAGUUCCUCUAACAAGAGCAGCUCAGCCAGCAACAGCACCUUCAUGCUGGCAGGACUGCACUGACACUAGGACUUUUGCCAGCAUAGAAAUGCCAUUUAAAAAAUCACAACCCUAACCAGAGUAUGUAUUGCAGACCUGCCUUAAUAUCUUCUGUUUGAGUGGUCUGACCCUUUCAACCUCCCAUGUCCCUUUACUCAAGUGUGGUAAUCCUAUGGUCAGAAAAGUUCUGUUUUGGCUUCAUCCCCAAGGGAAAACAGUCUGUACAAUUUGUAUGAUGCUGGGAAGAAAAAAGUUGUCUUAAUUCCUUUUAAGUUGACUGCUGUCUUAUUGUAGUCUUAUCCGUACAAUAUAAUAGCACUGUAUUUUAACUUUGUUGGUUCCUUUACAUUCUCUUAAUGAUUAUGUUUUUAAAUGCAAGAAAUCCUUUUGGCUUUGGAAAGUAAAUAGUUGGGUCUUGUUUAUGUGAAGACCCUUUUUCUCUCUUAAUGGAUCAAGCUUUAGAUACAUCUACUGGUUGCAUUCUGAUUGGACGGGUCCACAAAGAUUUAAUGCAUAACAUACGAGUCACUUAAAUUUUGUUUUCUUAAACUAUCAAUGUGAAUGUCAUAAUUAUAUAUAUUUUGUGGAAAAUGGGAAAUUAUUUCUCCUAAGUAUAAGUUAUUGUGCAAAAUAUGGUAUCAGUAAAACAAAUGAUAGUUUAACUUUUAGUUGUAGAAAUCUUAAAGAUAUAAAAGUGUAUUGCAUAUGCAUAAACAAAUUACCUUUGUUCUAUUUAAUUUUUAUGUAGUUGUGUAAAGUGCUAGGUAAGUCUUUUGCUUAUCCAUUAAAACACCUUGUUACUUGAAUAUUCGUGUUUUAACUGGUCUGAAACACAGUGAUUUUUGUAAUAUAAUCUUAUAACCAAGGGAAAAAUACAUGCCUCAGUUGUGCUUAAUAUUAUAGCAACAACGUACAAUCAGAUGCUUAAGACCACAGUAGCCAUAGCUGUUAUGCAGCCAAAGUGGCUGUGUCUUGUUAUAUUUAAUAUAAUACCAAUGGAGAUAACUGAUUCUUAAUGUAUUUUUACAAGUUUGCAACCAGGAAGACCCCUUAAUUGUUGGCUAAAAAGCAUUUUUUAUAGCUAAAAAGAGUGAAACUCUUUCUCUUAAAGUGAUUUCCUGACAAAUAUUAUUCUUGUACAAACCAUUCUGAAACAUUUCUUAUUAAAAUAUGCUCAUUGUCACUUUAAAUUUAAACUGUGCCCUUUUUUGUUUCGUCUUAUUUUCCUAAAUCUCUGGUAUUCUUGCACACCAAAUAUGAGCCAAACAGUGCAUUACACUAACUUGAUCACUGGAUUUGUUCAAUGUAAGGACUUUGAAAAAUCUUUAAAAUCAGUGUACUGCAGAACUGUUUUGAGAGAGGUUGCUUUUGUGAUACAUGUUUAAAAAAAACACACCAGUAUGGGAUAAAACAGUCCAAGUUAAAAAUGAGCAGUUUAUCACACUUUUUUUAAAGAAAAAUUGCAUUUUCUUAGCUCCAGCUUGUCUUUAGCAAGUCGACAUCUAGUGAUCUUGUGCAAUGCUCUAAAGCAAAUAACUUUUUUCUGCCACUCCCUGGAUUAAUGCAGCUUUUUCUGUUGAUAGUAAAGCACAAUUGCAGUGAAAGUUACAGUUCAGAAGAUGGAAGGUCAGUAUAGUCUAUGCAUGUUGUAUAAUAAUGAGUGUUUACAUUCAUAUUCUCCUAAAAUUAAAUUUAUACUGGAGUGUAUAGUAUUCCAUUAUGUAGAUUUUAUCAAUUUUGUUAACUGCUUAUAGAUUGCUUAAAAGAGGUUUUUCAAGAUUUUAAAAGAUGUAUAAGGUUAAGUUUGCAAAUAUAAUGGAAAUGCUGUAUAGCUUUUGAAGUGAUAAAAUACUCGUUGGGAUUUUAAAGAAAGUAUGUUGUAAUAAUGCUGUUGUAAGUAAUAUUUUAAUGUCUUUUUUGCCUGUUUUCUAUUAUUCAGCACACUUACUGUGAUGAAUGUUCAUAGCAUUAUGAAAUUGCUUAGCCACUGAAAAGUAACAUUUUGUUUUUGAAUUAUCAUUUUACUGUAAGAAGAAUUAUAGUGAGGGUUAAAUUCAUUUGUGAAAUUCUACAUAAUUCAUUUUUCUAUGAUUUCCAAUGUUUGCUGACAUCAAAUAAAAUUUUUUCAAGCCAUUGAUGUAAUAAAAGAUAUAGUAAAAAUGUU